GCAAGAGGUUAAAUUUCUACUAGCUAAAUAUGCGGUUACAUCUUACAGGUGAACAUGAACCGCCUGACCAUCAGAUUCUAGUUGAGCUCGAAGCAACAUCGGAUCCAGCAAAAGUAGGAAAAGUGUUUAUUAUGGAUAGCGGCCACAUAUUUCUGCUAGAACAACUUUUGAGAAUCUCACCACAUAUUAAACCUUGUGUAAGAGGAGAAGCAAUGAAGCUAGCUCGUGAUUUGGAAGGUAACAUGAGAACAAGUUCUAAAAAUCCUUUGGAGGUUCUCGGCUUUCUGCUCCUUCUGUCAAUUUAUGGAUUGGUUCCUUUCUUUGUUGAAGAAGAAGUUUUAAAGCUUUUUGAAUUUGCAGACAAAAGCUCUGGUUUCAUUCAGAACCUUGUUAAGAAGCAGCAACAUAUUGAAGCUGUUAGAUUCAUUUGUGCAUUUAAAUUAGCUGACAAGAAUCAACCUGUCGAUCUCUUGUGGAAAUACAUGCAGAAUGCAAAACUGGUUUCUGAGAACACCACCUCCCUUGAAAUCCAGGAUAAGGCCAGAGAUCAAGAAGUUGCCACUUUGACAAAUGUUCUACUGUCCAUUUCAGACAACAAGUUAGAAUCUGUGGGUCUACUUAAUGAGAUUCGAGAUCGCAUUCUUGAGCUAAUUAGGCGAAAUGUCAGUAGUGUUUGCACUGGCACCUGGUCCAUCCUCAAAAUGUGCAACACCCUAAGGAAAAGAAAUGUGGAUCCUAAAUGUGGAAGGAGAAGGAGAAUGGAGCCCUCUGAGUCCAAGUCAGCUGCUGCAGUUUCCAAUGGUGAAGUCCCACAACAACAACAACAACAACAACUGAGAAGUUCUGAGCCUUCUCCCCUUGCGAAGGAGGGCGCACUUGGUGGAGAGCUUCGGAACAAGUUGGAUUUCAAGGGUGCGGAUGAAGGGGAAUCUAGUGAAGGGUGUGCUGAAGAUUGUAUGAUGUAUUUGAAGACUGGGAGUUGCAGGUUUGGAUCCAGUUGCAUGUUUAACCAUUCCAUUAGGAGCAGGAUCGUGUACGUUAGGCAAUUGCCUCUAAUAAAAAAGUACGUUUGAGACUUA